AGAACAAGAUUCCAUUCAGUCAGUGUCGGUAAAGGCAUAAAUGAAUACUAUCUUUCUUCUGGUUUUGGCGGCAUGCGCCGUAGCCGUACCUACGGAAUGGCGAGAUUUGAGCAAGGUCAACCGCAAGAAUCUCGACCUUCCUUCAACAGCGAAACAAAACUUUAAUAUUAAAGCCGACCCUGCGGGACCGCGCAUCGUGGGAGGGAACGUGGCAACGCCGCACUCGAUGCCGUACCAAGCCGCCCUGUACGUGCCAGUGGCGUUGGGGACCGUAUUCUGCGGCGGGUCUCUCGUCGACCGCCAGUGGGUGCUCACCGCGGCCCAUUGCCUCGACUCGCGCACGGGAGCCGUGAGGGUGGUACUCGGCGCGCACGACAUAUCGACCUCCGAGGGCAGCCGGGUGGUCGUCGACAGCAGCGAAGUCCGCCAGCAUCCGUCGUGGGACAAGACCACGUUCAAGAACGACGUGGGCCUCGUCAGGCUGUCGCGGAAGAUCGAGUACAGUGCCAACAUCCAACCUUUGAGGCUCCCAUCGCGGUCCCAACAGCAGGCGACAUUCACAGGUCUCCAGGCCACAGUGAGCGGGUGGGGACACGCCUCCGAUGAUGCCACUACUAUAAGCCCUGUGCUCCUCUACGUGACAGUACCAGUAAUAUCCAACUACGACUGCAACCUCAUCACGCAUGACGUCAUCGAAACGCAGAUGUGCACAUCUGGGAGCGACAAGAAAGGCGCUUGUAACGGAGACAGCGGGGGUCCACUAGUUAUUGAAGAAUCGGACGGGGUCAAAACCCAAAUCGGAAUUGUAUCGCUAGGAUACACUCUUUGCGAAAUGGGUUGGCCUGAUAUUUUCACCAGAAUCACCAGCUUCAUGGACUGGAUAUCGAACACUGCAAACAUCACCAUCGGACUGUGAAGUUGUUGCAAAUUCCAUCCAGGCAUUUUAUCAACUUUCGAAUUUGAGUGCUAAUAAAUACAGUGAAACUCUGUUA